AUGGCGCCACCUUCCCGCCAGUCCUCCUCUGCCAUUCCUCCUCCACCACCGCUAGGACCGCCACCUUCCUCCACCAGUCCUCCUCCGCCAGGCCGCCACCUGCCCACCUGCUCGGCUCCUCCAGGCUGCCUCUCCCAGUCUCCCUUCCCUAGUUCCCUUACAACCUUGUUCCUUGGAGUUUUGGACAGCAGCAGGCUGCCGAGUGCCGAGGCAGCAAUAACCAAUAUGCCAUUGGCAUUGAGGCCAAGAAAAUCAAAUCUUGUAUGUUAA